AUGACUAAGAUGCGACACAAAUGUAUUGCUCAGAUAUACGAUGCAUUCGCCGGGGCGAACAAUGACGUCAUUUUGGUUAUGGAAAUGUGAGCAAUUUUUGAAAUUUGAAUAUUUGGGUUUGAAAUUGAAAACUGUUAGGUAAAAAAUUCAAAAAAUGACAUUUUUAGGUAACAAAUUUUAGAAAAACGUUGUUUUUGAGUUGUAAAAUGAAGAAUAAUGACAUUUUAGAUAAAAAAAUAAAAAAAUGACAUUUUUAGGUAACAAAAUUCAAAAAAAAAAUAAAUUUUUUGAUUUUAGUGUCGCCGGAGGUGAAUUAUUCGACAGAGUAAUCGAGGAAUACUACGUAUUGACAGAGACGGCUGUAGCACUUAUCAUGUACCAGAUAUGCGAAGCUUUGGGUUAUAUACAUACACAGAAUAUUAUUCACUUGGAUUUGAAGGUAAAUUAAAAUUUUUUGUGGCAAUAACUUUCUUUUCAAAGUGAAAAAUGGCAAAAACUUUUGUUACAAAACGAAAAAUAGCAAGAAUUUUUUUACAAAACAUAAAAUGGCGAAAACAUUCUUUACAAAGCCAAAAACCGCAAGAACUUUAUUUCCAGCCAGAGAACAUAAUGUGUGUGUCGCAAUCAGGGAACCAGAUAAAGCUGAUUGACUUUGGCUUGGCUCAAUAUUACGAUGGAUCUCACGACUUGCUUCUGAUGGCCGGAACCCCGGAAUUUGCGGCUCCAGAAGUCAUAAAAUACGAACCGUUGGAUUUUCACACUGACAUGUGGAGUGUGGGCGUUAUUGCUUACAUACUGUAAGUUUUUAUCAAGAGGGGGGUACUGACUGUAAUUUAUGGUAGGAGUACUGUAGGAUAAGGUAAUUUAAACUACUGUAAGAAAUGACGAGAAACAUAAAGGCAUGGUAGAAUACUGUAUCAUAAACUAGUGGUACUGUAAGAUAAGGUACGUGUACUGUAGAAUAGAGAGUAAGCUUGGGUUGAGUAGGACAAGGCAGACCGUGGUAAUGUAGAAUAUGGUAGAUAGGGUGGGGUAGGAUAGGAUAGGGUAGGGUAGGAUAGGGUACGGUAGAGUAGAUUAAUGCAUGGUACUCUAGGGUCAAGUUAAUUUAAACUUGAAUAAAAUAUAAUUUUCUCAGAAACCCGUUACUACGACAUUUUUUUCAGGCUAUCAGGAGAAUCCCCCUUCCUUGGUGACAACAUAGCUGAGACCUAUUGUAACGUAGAAAAGGGUAAAUACGUGUUUUGUGAACAAUUCGAUGAGAAUGGCAUAAGCGAUGAAGCUCGAGAUUUUAUCAGAAAACUAUUGGUAAUGAACAAAGCAGAGCGUAUGUUACCUCACGAGUGUCUACAACAUGUUUGGAUAACCAGAUCACUGGAGAAGUCGCGAGAAAUGGCACAUCGCAAGUCGCAAGAAGAGAUGGAAAAGAGGCUGAAUACUCAGAAGUUGAAGAGCUAUGUCAGGAAGAAGCAGUUUAGGGUAAGGGUGGAGGAAAGGGGGUGAGAAACUUUGUUUAUGAAGUUUUAAAUGGCAAUAACUUUCUUUACAAAACAUAAAGUAGCAAGAACUUUCUUUACAAGACACAAAAUGGCAAGAACUUUCUUUACAAGGGGCAAAACGGCAUUCAUCAUAUAAAAUGUCACCCGCAGGCUGCGAAAUACUAUUUUUUGGCGUAUUAUAAAGAAACAACAAAAACUUUCUUUACAAAACGUAAAUUGACAAGAACUUUCUUUACAAACCAUAAAAUGACUGUUCCCAUUCCAGAAAGCCGUAUUCACCGUUCUCUUCGUAAACCAAGCGAUGCGCCUGAUGAACACGUUGAAGGAACGCCGCUCCGAGGCCGGCGUAAAAUACGUUCAAAACAUGCUGGACGUGGCACAAGCAACACAACAAGAAGCCAAAAACGAUAUGUCAUCGUUGGUUAAGAACGCCUUUAAACGGAAACCAGAAGUCAAAAUGGCAGUUGAGGAGGUGGCGAUGAAGCCAUCGACUUCGGAAGACAAAUUGGCUACUGGAGUCAUGGAUGUGGACAGAGUUGAACCAAAGUCAGAUCUGCUUGAGGUAUGGAUUUGGGAGGGUUACUGUAGCUUUGAGGGUGGUUAAUUUAUAGUUAAGGGUAGUAAUGGGUUUUUUAAGUAAAAAAAUGGCACAUUUUGGUCGAUUUUUAGGAGAAAAAGCGUAUUUUUGGUCGACUUUUGUCCUUAAAAACCUAAUCUUUUCAAAAAUUUUUCAAAAAAUUUUGUUAUAGAUAUCAGUGGUAUCAACAGACAACGAAACCUCAAGACCAAGCUCUCCAAAGCCCGCCAAACGCCACCGCGACAAGGGCGACAAGCCGAAACGAGUCAAGUCUACAUCUCGCAAGGCCAGCAGCUCGGAACAAGCAGCUAAAAAGCCGAAAAAAGGCUCACUUGGUGCACUUUUAAAGCCCCCAGAAGCCGGUGAAGCUACAUCAGAAGAUGUGGAUAUGAAAUCCAGAUCACCAUCACCAAAAUCACCGGUUUUGGAGAGGAAAAACAUGGAAAAAGUGGAGAAUAAGCUAAAAGAGGUAGAUAUCAAGUUGAAGAUUGAUGGUAUUACCGGUAGAAAUGAUGGUAAUAAAGCCGGAUAUGAUGGUAAGAACGUGGAUGGUAAAGGGAGACAUGAUGGUGGAGCUGCAAAAGUUGAUGACAAGGCUUCUGAAGCCAAGACGAAGAAGGAGAAUCUGUUGUCAAGGCUACCGUUCAAAGAAGAUACAUCAAGUGUGCCAUUUACUUUGCCUGUAGCUGCUGCUACCGUGAAGAAAGAGGCUCCAGAAGCUAGCACGAUAAAGAAGGAACCUUUAGAAACAAGCACGGCAAAUAAAAAGGCUCCAGAAGUUGUCACGGUAAAGAAAGAUUCUCCAGAAGUUGUGACACCCAAGGAAGAAGGCUUCGUGAUGAAGGCUUCAGAAGGCCUUUUAGGCAAAAAAGAAACUCCAGAAUCCAGUACGAUGAAGAAAACAGAAGCCACCUUACCUCAAAAGCCUGUAGCUCCAUUUUCAUUACCCGUAGCCGCAUCUACACCCUUUUCUUUGCCUGUAGCGGCCUCAACCCCAUUCACUUUGCCAGUAGCUGCAGCUACACCAAAAAAGGAUGCAGAAUCCAAGCGCCCAUUAACUACUACAACAUCUACACCUCUUAAUGGACCUGCUACAACAUCAGAACCCACUACAACCAAAAAACCAUUGAGUAAAACGAAAUCAGCGGCCGAUCCAGACGCCAAAUCGCCAAAGUUGAAGAAGAAAAAGAUCCGGCCCAAGAACUCAACUUCUACUGAUACGAAGACUUCUGAAGCCAAGCUAGACCUCAGGCCGGAUUCCAAAUUGAGCUCAACCUUGACUUUGAAUUCGAAUUCUGACGUCAAAUUCGAUGUGAAGUCACUUCUGAAGCCCGUAGAACACAAGAUUCAGAAGCCAGCGGAAGUUUCGAAGCCGUCAGAGAUUCAGAAGUCAAUCGACGGUGCAGGAGAAGGCACAUCGAAAGUAGGAAGCCUUCUGAAGCGGUUACAACAAAAUCAGACUUCAGAUGCGCCGAUGAUGAUGGCUGUAUCGUCAUUUGUGCCUUCUAAACCUGAAACCGCCAAGAAUGAUCAUGAAGGCUUAAAGCUGUCGAAAUCAACUCCAGAAGGCAUCAAAAAUGAUCACGACGCUUUGAAAUUCUCAAAGUCAGAUCCUGGUUCAGCUAAACUAGGCUUGUUUAAGCCUAAAGUCAUAAAAAUUGAACAAGAAAACGAUCGAAACGGAGAGCUACUAAAUAAAAUAGGUAAUAACACCAAGAUUUUGUCACCAGAACUCGUCAGCAAGACCGUAUCCGAAAAGAAGGUUACAGUACGAAAGAAGAAGAUUCAGAAGACCAAAGAAUCCGGCGAUCCAACCCAAUCCGAGUCGGAAUCCACCAAGAAACAGUCGGCUCAAGUCCAACUACAACAUAAGAUCCUGUCGGAAACGUUGUCAUCCAAAGACAAUCACAUUAACGUAGCCACGAAGAAGCUUCAGCUACACGAACGAGACAAAUCCACGGUGAAUCAGAAGUCCACAACGGUGGAACAGGAGAAGGUCCUGGAUUCGCGGGAGGAGCUGGAGCUGAUAAGACAAAAGUUGAGGAAGAAGGAUCAGGUCGCGGUACAGAAACGCGAUUCCGUGGCCGCGAAGAUGGAGAUCAAGACAGAGAACGGGAUUCUGGUCGAAGCGAAAGGCGUUGGAGAGAGAAAGAAGAGCUUGAAGGCUAAGUUGAGUAAUGGAGGCAAAGUGGAAGAGGUGAAAGUGAACGGCGGAGACAAGUUGUACGCUUUGUUGGGUCAGAAGGUGAGUUUUGGGGAACUGGAUAGCUAUAUUGUGUUAUGGGGUAGAGUAAAGCAGGCUUCUUUGGUUGCUAAUGGACUGUCAAAACUUGUCAUAGUCCGGACUCUGAUCUUAUGAGUCUAAUAUAUUCUUUCUGUAGCCUAUGCCAAGCUCUGGGACGUAACUAGGGCAUGGGGGGGGGGUGAAAAGGGUAGAUUGAGCCCUUUAUCGUGCCUAUCCUGACUUUGUUGUAGCUUAAUCUUUUUACUCUAACAUAGUCAUAGUGUUAAUUUACUCUAGCCAACACUAUCUUAAUAUACCACACCCUACCUCUUGAUCUUUAUGAUUUUACCCUACCAGACUUUACUCUAUCCUACAGUAUCGUACUGUAUUCUAUCUCAUCUUACUCAACUCUACCUUACCCUACUAUACAUUACCAUACCCUACAACGUCCUACUCUACCGUACCUUACUCUAUCCUACCUUGGCCCAGCCAACUCUACCUUUCUUUUCCUUACCUUACUUUACUCUAUUUUACCCUACCCUGCUCUAUGUCUUAAAAUCUUAUGUUAAAGAAAUAAUAAUAUCUCAAAGACCAUACACUUUAUAAACCCUCAAAAACACUGUAGCCAAGACAUUACACACGCCUUUUAGGCACAACAAAACAACCAAGGCGUGAAACCGGAAGCCACUUCGAAACCGAUGACAUUCUCGGAACAACUUGCCGCCAAUCUAGAAGCCAGAAAGAAGGAACGAAAGCAAAAUCAAUCGAAACAAGGCUCGCACAGCACGUUUGAGUUCGAUGAGAACGAUGAUACGCUGUUAAGGCAACAACAAGACGCUUUUGAUUUUAGCUUACUAAAGGUAUAUUUUGGCGGGAAAUUUGGGUUUUUAAAAAUUAAAAUUUAUGUCUUUGGUCAGAAUUUAAAAAUUGUGUUUUGGCGGGAUUUUUGAAACUAGAAUUUUUGGCGGGAAUUUUAAAAUUUGAAUUUUGGCGGGAAAAUUGAAAUUUAAAAAAUAUUUUUUAUAAUUUAAAAAAAAUAAAAAUUUGGCAUCUUACUCUUCUGGACACAAAGUUUUCGCCAUUUAUCAAAACCUUGAAUUUUAAAAAUUUCAAAAAAUUGCAGGCGAAGCUAGAACAACGUCUAGCAGGUAACGCAUCCGACUCGAUGGACGAACAAGCCUACCUCGACAACCAACAACAAAAACAAGAAGCCAUAAAAGCGUUGAAGUCGCGCCUCACUGACACUGGCAACGUUCAACGUGCCAAAAAGAAGUGGUUCACGAUGGAAAAGUCGCUCUACGACGAAAGUCUAUGA